AUGCAAGCACUCCCACCCAUUUCUGAGAACAGAGCAGGCACUCUGAUAACUCACAGGCUUCAAGCUGCCCUUAUAAAGUUGUUCCACUUUUACACACUUCCUCAUACUGCUAGUUUCUCUGCGAAGAUGAAGCUGCUCGUGUACUUAGUCUUGCUUAAGGCAGCACUGCUUGCUUUAACGAAUGUCUUUGCAGUAGUUUUAGAAGAGGCAGAGGAUGCUGAAGAAGGAAAAGUUACUGAUACUUGUCCUAUAAAGCUCAAAACUAAUGGGAAAUGUGAUGAAGGAGGAGAGGAUUGUCCGUACCAGAUAAACCUGCCUCCAAUGACCAUCCAGUUACCUAAACAAUUCAGACUGAUUGAGAAGACUCUCAAAGAAGUUCAGACCCUUAAAGAAGCGGUAAACAAGCUGAGGAAAUGUUGCCAAGAUUGCAAGCUGCAGGCCGAUGACAACCAAGAAAGAGACAGUAGUAACGAAUUCCUACUACCUGAUGCAGAAACUCCAGCAGAAAACAGUAAAAUCCAAGAUAACAGAGUAAAGGAACUGCAAAGCAAAGUUAACAGAAUGUCGACCAGCUUAAAAAAUGCAAAGAGUCAGAUACAGACACUGCAGGGUCGCCUAGAGAAAAUGAGCCUCAUAAAUAUGAACAAUGUAGAAAAUUAUGUUGACAGAAAAGUUGCCAAUUUGACAUUUGUCGUGAACAGUCUUGAUAACAGAUGUUCUUCUAAAUGCCCAGCAAUGCAACCAAGACCUGUUGUACAAAUUAUGCAGCGAGACUGUGCUGACUAUUAUACAGCAGGCAGAAGAAAUAACGGAAUCUACAGAGUUACCCCUGACCCCAGAAAUCACAGCUUUGACGUUUACUGUGACAUGGAAGCACUGGGAGGUGGCUGGACAGUGCUGCAGCGGCGUCAGGACGGUAGCACUAACUUCAACAGAACAUGGAAUGACUAUAAAAAUGGCUUUGGAAACCUUAGCAGGGAGUUUUGGCUGGGGAACGAUAAAAUUCACCUCCUGACAAAGAGCCAGGAAAUGCAACUGAGAAUUGAACUUGAAGAUUUCAAUGGUAUCAGAGAAUAUGCUAAAUACGAACAUUUCUACGUGGCCAACGAAUAUCUAAAGUACCGCCUGAGUGUUCACGGCUAUAGCGGGACAGCGGGAGACGCCCUCCACUACAGCAAGCAUUACAACCAUGAUCAAAAAUUCUUUUCGACGCCGGACAAGGACAACGAUAGGUACGCAUCAGGAAACUGCGGUGCAUACUACAGCUCUGGCUGGUGGUUUGAUGCAUGCUUGUCAGCCAACCUCAAUGGCAAAUACUACCACAAGAAAUACAAAGGCGUCCGCAAUGGGAUUUUCUGGGGUACGUGGCACGGUGUUUCUGAUGAUAUUCCGAGCGGUUAUCGGCAACCCUUUAAAUCAGUAAAGAUCAUGAUCAGACCCAAAAGUUUCAUGCCAUAAAUCUAGGCCUUUCUCUUAACUGGUUUGCAUUGGAUUGCACUCAAAAUCACACUUACUCAGUAUUAUACUCAGAAUAGCUCUAGACAAAAUAACAUCUUUCCACAUAACUUUUUAGAGAUGGUUUGCCCCGCAUAAGGUAUUAAAAACAGCAUUAAUGAUUCUGAAUAGUUAUUGCUAAAACUUAGCAUAGGUUAAGUCAUGGUAUUGCUAUGUAAAUAUCCUAAACAUUGCUGUUGGUGCUUUUACCACUAGUUUGUGGUAUACUAGAUUUUAUAAUUUAAAAGUUUUAAAUGGUGUCCUACAAAUCAUAUCCGAAUUAACACCUGCAUCUUUACUUGAAAAUAACUCAAAAGCACAUCUGAUAAGAUCUAUCUGUUAGGCACUUAGAAUAAGACUUACUAUCUCUUGAUAUGGCCCUACUUUUUGUAUCAUCUAUGCUUCACAACUUCAAAUGUAUACCAUGGCAUAAGUAUGACUUAGGAAAGUAGUGUGAAUUAUUAUUUUAAAAGGAUUAGGAAACAAAAGACCACAGAGUUUGCUCAAAGAUGCAAAAGAAGCCGUGUGGAAAAAUUAGAAAAUGAAUAGGACUCCUUUUUUCAAACAAAUUGGUGAAAGAAUUGAACAAGGGAAAGUGGAAAUAAUGUAUAGAGCACGUAAAGAAAGAAGACCAUUUUUUGUUCCCAUCGAUUCUUCUGCUGAGGACCAACAUCCUAUUCCUGCUCUGUGGGAGAAAGGAAUGGUUAUGUAGCUUAUCACAGACUUAUAUAGGUAGACAGGCAGGUAGGAAGAAGCAGCAGCAAGGAUGCAAGCCCUUACAUCAACGUCUCUAAAUAAGUACAAGAGUUUCCAGAACCAAAUUAUUUUCUUUGGAAUCUUUUAGGUAAGAUAAAUGUUACAAGAUGACUUAUGCAGAGACCCAAGCUCACUCGAUAUACCAUAAGAGCUUAAGUUAUUUGUAAGAGUAUAUAUAUAAUAAAGUAAAAUUAGAACACCCUUUCCCCAUCUCCUUAGUAGCCCUUUUUAAAGUCACAGAAUCAUGAAAAAUCCAGUGGCAGUUACCUACAGGAAGAGACUAGGUGAAGUACCUUUUUUUCCUAAAAUAUAACAGAUGAAAACUAAUCAAAUGUUCAAACACUUCAGGGUGGACAAACCAAAGAUACUAUUAUUACAGCUCUUAUUGUUGAUAGCAAGCAUAAAUUUGCCUACAUAAAUCUUUUGCCUACAUUAGAAAGGACAUCUCUCUACAAUUAGAGUGAGUAACUCUAAUUCUGAGACAAGAUGCAGCUUAUAUUUGCAAAACAGGCAUAUACCAAUUUUCAGAAGAACAUAAAGUACUAGGGCUGUAUUUCUUUACCAGUAAAAGUGAAGUCUUUGCUGGCAUAGGCUUGCUGGUUAAAGAAGCUGCUCCUUAAUGAUGCUAAGCAACUUAGCGAUGCCAAUGAAACCUGUGAGUACGUACAUGAGCUAAUACUUUACAAAUACAAGCUUUACUGUAUUUUAAGAUAACCAAAACAAGUUAUGUAAAACGAGCUACAGUGGCAAUUACUAAACUGUAAAAUAUUAAUAUAUAUAUUUUAAGGGAGUAAAUACUUUGAAGGAUAUUUCAGUGUGAAGUGUAAUUUGGUUUACUAUGUUUCAUUUUUAAAGAUAAAUGGAAGAUUUUAACUUUGAGAUGUAUAAUCCUUUCUUGAGAACUUGUUUUGAAGCCUUACAGUAUUUAUUUUGGGAUUAACAGCAAUUGCCUAAACCAAAAAAACCCACUUAUGAAGUAUUGGUUAGAAGAACAAAUUAUGAUUAUAUUUAAACAUUUGGCAUGAAAUGCACUAUUUGCUCCUAUUCAUUUUAUGGUAACUAGUUAAGUAUGGCAAUUACAGUAUCUACAAGAUUCUACUUGAAAAUGUCUUUUUCCUGCUAAGUUUUUGGAAGAGCAACUGUUACGCUUGGCAUAUCUGUGUAUCUUGUUUAAAGGAAAUUUUGUAACAAAUUUUAACAGAAUACGCAAAUGUGACUAAUAUCACCUACAAAAGCCUUGACUAAUCUCUUAAAAUGGGAAGAAAAAGGCAGUGAAUGUUAUUACACAAAGCUGAAUACUACCUACGUGGAACUGUUGUAGCUGAGUCUCCAUUAAUAUGUACUAGUUUUACAAAGUGUAACUCUCUAUCUACUUGCUGGAUCAAGCAUUAUUUUUAAAUUUUCCUUGGUGUAAAUAAAGAUUAAGACACACUGCUGAGACCAUA